AUGUCUACUCGCGAUGACUCUGGAGACGUCGGAUUCCACUGUCACCGCCUCGACGAUGCUACCAACGCAUUCUUUGACAGCAUAGACGCUUGGAAGCUCGAUCGCACAUGUGACCCUGCGAAGGGUUACUUCAUGGAGCUUCCGGAUCGCAUCGACGCCAUCAUCGAUCAGGCAGCUAGGCUCAAGGCUCUGCGACUGGCGUGCUCGGGUCCGCCCCCUCAUUCAUAUCCGCCAACUGACCACGAGAAUGCUCACUUCGGAUCGAGGGCGGCUACGCAGUCUGCCGUGGAUGUGAGCGACAUGCCCGAGGGGCACCACACGCCUGCAGUGGUGACCCCGUUCCAGUACCCAGAUCCUGUCUUCCAAGCCGGCUUCGACGCAACGUGGGGGCCGGACAUUGACAACGGCUUCAACUCCGGGUCCGGGUCCGGGAAUAUCAUGUCCUUCCCUCCCUCCUCGGAUAUGUCCUGGCAGCCAGGCAUCCCUCAUGGCUUCGAGGAAACCCCAAGACCGGAAGCAUACGACGGGAGAGGCUUCCCUGACCUCGGGUAUGAAGUGCCUACAAUACCUACCCCUGAUACACUACAGCAACCCACCUCCCAAGGCUUUGACCCGAAUUCGGCCCUAAGUGAGUUCAGCGGAAGCGAUCUCGCACGGGGGUAUAUCAUGCCUGAUACCUACAACGUCCUCCCUCAGAACACCCAACACGCCUUCGACACGAACCCAGAGACUCGAGCCGCUCUCCCCAGCACGGUACUACUGACCGGCAAAUCGGACAACAUAUCGGUCAGAAAGAUGGAGCAAGUCGAUCCCGCCACAGGCCAGAUUGGAAAGAGCGCACUGAUGACAAACGUGACGAUGGUCUUUCCAACGUCCGGUCUCUGCCAUCUGCCAGACCACAGUCAUGUCACCACUCACCAGUCCGGUGUCCGCCAGGGACAGAUGUGGAGCAAUGGGCGUCUAGUUUGCGUAUGGCAGGCAAGAGCGGUGGCGCAGAUAAGAUACCGUACCAUACCAGCUGGUAUAGGCGUGCCGAGCUCGAUGGAUGGUCGGGGGGUGCCCUCCGUCUGA